UAUUUUUUUCUUUCUUCAAUCUCUUCGUCCACUCUCUCUCUCUUACAGUCUCGAACGAAACCCUCAUUUCCUCUUUCAACUCACAAAGAGAGAAAAAAAAACCAUCCGAACUAACUUUCCAAACAAACCCUAACGAUUCCAACACAUAAAAUUAAAAAACAAAACACAAAGCUCGUCUCUACGAGUCGACGAUGGAGAGCGAAUCGCUGAGUUGAAACUCCGCCGAGUUGAAAGAUCUGAGAGUUCUGAGAGAUAGAGAGAUAUAUAUAAUUUUUUUCGAAGAAAACAACAAAGAAAAAGUCAUCGCUCGGUUUUUGCAACGCGCUCUCAUGGGUGCUGCGGGCUCGAAGCUCGAGAAAGCUCUCGGAGACCAGUUCCCUGAAGGCGAGCGCUACUUCGGUCUCGAAAAUUUCGGCAACACUUGCUAUUGCAACAGCGUUUUGCAGGCACUUUACUUUUGUGUCCCAUUUCGCGAGCAACUUCUGGAUUAUUAUGCAAAUAACAAAAGCAUUGGUGAUGUGGAAGAAAAUCUGUUAACAUGCUUGGCAGACCUAUUUUCACAGAUAAGUUCUCAGAAGAAGAAAACAGGCGUGAUUGCUCCAAAGCGCUUUGUACAGAGAUUGAAGAAACAAAAUGAGCUUUUCCGUAGCUAUAUGCACCAGGAUGCCCAUGAGUUUUUGAAUUUUUUGCUGAAUGAACUUGUUGACAUACUGGAGAAAGAGGCCCAAGUUGUGAAAAGUGAUCCAGAAACUUCAUCACCUUCUGAUAAAAUUGCAAAUGGGCCAAAGAAUGCACAGGCUAAUGGUGCUCUAAAGGAGCCUUUAGUUACCUGGGUGCACAAAAAUUUUCAGGGAAUACUCACCAAUGAAACAAGGUGCCUGCGAUGUGAGACAGUGACAGCAAGGGAUGAAACUUUUUUUGACUUGAGCCUCGAUAUUGAACAGAAUAGUUCAAUUACAAGUUGUUUGAAAAACUUCAGCUCAACAGAGACAUUGAAUGCCGAGGACAAAUUUUUCUGUGACAAAUGCUGUAGUUUGCAAGAAGCACAGAAGAGGAUGAAGAUAAAGAAACCACCUCACAUUUUAGUCAUCCAUCUGAAGCGGUUCAAAUACAUUGAGCAGCUGGGUCGGUACAAGAAACUGUCAUACCGGGUUGUCUUCCCACUUGAGCUGAAGCUGAGCAACACAAUGGAAGAUGCAGAUUCUGAGUAUUCCCUGUUUGCAGUAGUUGUUCAUGUUGGAAGUGGGCCCAACCAUGGACACUAUGUAAGCCUUGUGAAAAGCCAUAACCAUUGGUUGUUUUUCGAUGAUGAAAACGUGGAGAUGAUUGAUGAGUCCGCUGUGCAGACAUUCUUUGGGUCAGCGCAGGAAUAUUCGAGUAAUACAGACCAUGGGUACAUUUUAUUCUAUGAGUGCCUGGGCAGCACCAGUAACAAGAGCUGAGAAGAGGGACUUUUGAAUUUACCAAGGUGGUUGCCAUGUACAGUGGAUGGUGGAAGCACACCGUCCUUUGGUUUUUCACAAUAAGAAGAAAAAGAGCAGUGUAUAUGGUGUGAGAGAGUUUCACAGAGAAAGUUUGUAUUCUUCAUGACUAAGAAUGUUUAAUUGACAUCAGAAAUGCAAUGCAAUCGGUUCUGCUCACGACGGUUCUGUAACAUUGUAUGCUUUGUUUUCCUCUUUUUUUGAGUUUUUAGGUUGUUGGAGGCAGAUAUUAGUAGUAAUAUUUGGUCAUCACAAUAAUUACUUUUACAAAAAAAGAAAUGUCAUCACAGUAAAGCUUA